CGUACGUCUCCCGUCCCGGCUCCUUUCCAUGGUUCCCGGCGUGACUGGAGCCGCCCGCCGCCGCCGCCCCCGCAGCGCGGCGCCGACCGCCGGUGGGAGGAUGCCGCAGUGCGCCGGGGGCUGACCCGCGGAGCCGUCGGCCGCGGGGAGCGGGACCCCCGCUGCCCACCCAUGGUCCCCGCUGGCCGCCGGGGCAGCCCCCCGUGAGGAGGGCGGCGGGCGCAGCAGCACCGCGGCCGCCGUGCCCCCGCAGCCGCCCCGCCAUGACGAGCCUCUUCCGCCGGAGCAGCAGCAACGGCGGCUCCCGCGGCGGCUCCUCCGCCCAGGAGCUCAACAACAGCCGCCCCGCCAGGCAGGUCCGGCGGCUGGAGUUCAACCAGGCCAUGGAGGACUUCAAGACCAUGUUCCCCAACAUGGACUACGACAUCAUCGAGUGUGUCUUGAGGGCCAACAACGGCGCCGUGGACGCCACCAUCGACCAGCUCCUGCAGAUGAACCUGGACGGCAGCGGCUGUGACGACAGCUCGGACUCGGAGGACAGCAUCCCCCCCGAGAUCUUGGAGCGGACCCUGGAGCCAGAUAGCUCGGAUGAGGAGCCCCCUCCCGUCUACUCCCCUCCUGCCUACGAGAGCCAGGCGUUCAGCAGCCGCUACCCCCGCGCGCCGCCCACCCCUCCGCCCAGGACGGACGUGCCGGGCCCUGGCAGCACCCCGGCACCCGGGCACUACAGGAACUGGAACCCGCCGCUCCUGGGCAACCUCCCCGAGGAUUUCCUCCGCAUCCUGCCCCAGCAGACAGCCAGCACACAGGGUUCCCACAGCUGCAGGCAGCCCCUGUCGAGGGGGCUCGUCCCGCGGGGCCAGGGCUCCCUGGAGCAGGAGCGGCGCUGGAAGCAGUACCUGGAGGACGAGCGGAUCGCGCUCUUCCUGCAGAACGAGGAGUUCAUGAAGGAGCUCCAGAGGAACCGGGAUUUCCUCCUCGCCCUGGAGAGAGAUCGAUUGAAAUAUGAGUCCAAAAAAUCCAAGUCGAGCAGUGUUGCUGUCAGCAACGACUUUGGUUUUUCCUCCGUAUUAUCAGGUGAUGUAGCCCCCUCUGUAACCAGCGAGGCCGGCGGUGCCGUGUCUGACGAUGCCUUAUUCCGAGACAAAUUGAAACACAUGGGAAAAUCAACGCGCAAGAAGCUGUUUGAACUCGCCAGAGCCUUCUCCGAGAAGACGAAGAUGAGAAAAUCAAAAAGAAAACACUUGUUGAAGCACCAGGUGAUGGGGACGGCGGCUUCAACAGCAAAUCUCCUGGAUGAUGUGGAAGGCCAUGGAUAUGAUGAAGACUUCCAAGCACGGAGGCAACAGCUCCGGGAGGAGGAGGAGACGCUGAAGGAAGGGCAGUAAAUGGUCCCAGCGCUGGGGUUUCUUGCUGGCACAGGACGUGCAGGAGGCUUCACGAGGAGAUGGCUGAAAAAGGAAAAACCCACCCAACAAAUCACCCAGAUUUUGGCUGUUCCCCCUCCGCUGCUGUGCUCCUCAGAAGUACAAGUAUUGAAGCGAGGCACAACGUUUUCUUACCGGCAGUUUGAAAACAACGUUUUCUAUCCAGAAAAUCAGCCAAAAAGGAAAAAAAAAAAAAAGGAAAAAAAAAAGAGAGCAGCUGCUGCGAGCGGCUGUGGAGGAGCCAGUGGAGCUCAGGCUGGGGAGGAGCAGGCCCGCCUGCUCUCCCGGUCCGAGCGGCGUCGCAGGAGGAAUGAAAUCAGUCGUACUAACGAGGAUCCGUUCACACGUGGGGUCUGCUGGGCCGGAGCACUCCUGAACAUAUCUGUAGUGGUCUGAUGCAACUUCACUCUGCGCACACUGGAACAAAAACCACGUGAGAAAGGGAAGCUAACAGCCGUUGUCUAUUAUUGCUAGGAGUAAUGAGCAGAGAUUCAGAUCAGGUAAUAGUCAAAUAAUAUAAAUUGUUUAUAAAGGAAAGGCCUUCUUUUCCUAGGCGUUUCACUUUGAAUUAAACCUUUGCCUUCGGCAUUGCUACAACUGCCUUGAAGUUGGGACGCUUUGUGCCGCCGCGGGGCAGCACCAAGGGCUGGAUUUUGCACCAGUUUAACCCUCACUGACGGAGCAGGACACGUCCCACGGGGUGUGGGGUGCCGGGGGUGGUCCUGGAGCCUGGAAGCUUAAGGGAUGCCCCCGCUGUGGGUGAGAGGCAAAGCCUGAGCUGGGUGUUUGCAAGGCUGGUGGAGGUGUUUUCAGCAUGGAGAGUUUGUACAAGGGCUUGGGGGCACUGCCGGGUCUGGUGUGGGGCAGGAGCGGAGCCCCUUCCUCGUGCCCACAGCGCUGGAAUCGCUGCAGCUCUUGGAGAUGCUGUCAGGCUAAAAAUAAUUACAUAAACAAAUUCCUUCGCUGUGUAAGUACCGAGUGACGAGCGUAAAGGCAGAAUUCGCUCCCGCCAGCACAUUUUCUCCUCCUUUAUCGGCACAGCGUUCCCUGCCAAAUGCAGGAGGUGGCUCUAGACGUGCCUGUUUCACUCUCUGGCUCCCGCGAACCGGCACAAAUGUUGCAGGAUUGGAGCUGCGAAGGCGGCAGACGCAGAAGCCCCAGCCAUCAAACACUCACGCAACUGUUUUCCCUGCCUCUCCACGGGGUUUGGUAACAAAAGUCCCUGUUGCAGGCGCUGGCUCCCGGCAGGCUCCUCUUCAGUCCCAGCGGAGCCCGCGUGCCUUUGAAGUGGACGCCAAGAUUCCCCCCGCAGCAGCCGCUGCACCUGCUGAGCGCUGCUGUCGCCCCUCGCAGCGCGGAGGCAUCGGGGGCACCACGGGCUUCACUUGCUCUUGGUUCCUGGCCAGGGCCGGGGCUGCUCCUGGCUGUCUGUGGCUGCAGGGUCCAGGUAGUGUCUCAUUAGCUCAAAGUAAAUGUUCCCACAGCACUGGCACUCAGACGAAUCCCGGGGUGCCAAGGGUGAGGGCAGGAUGUGCUGGGCUGGGAGUGCCCUGGGAUACCAACGAGCUUUGAGUUCCUGAAAUCAGAGCAGCAAAUCCCAGCUUUGGUGUCUGCUCCUUUGCUUUCGAAGGAAGGAUUGAGGAGCAUGUCUCGAGUCGUGGCAGCCUGGUGACAGGUUAGAGCCAUCCCGUGCCAGGGGCAGGGCUCUGAGCCGCCUGCUCCCUGUGGUGUGCCCGGCUGUGCCUUGGGCUGCUCUGCACCCUGCAGGGCAGGAUGGGGCUCUGGAGGAGCAUGUCCCCUCCUGGCUCAGGGUGCAAGGGGCCUAAGUGUGAAUCUGGGAACAGAAAAUCCUUUACUCCCUGGGUGGGACUUUCAUUCCCAGCCUGAGAGUGGUGGAGAGAAGGAGGGGCUCCCUGCUUACCCUCUGCUGGCCCUUGGGGCCAUAGGAGGCUGCCAUUACCCCUUCCCAGUCCAAAGCAGCUCUGCAUAUUUGGAAGAAAAUCAAGCUUGGAACCGGAUCAGCUUGUCCCAGUUCCAGCGCCUCUCAGCUACCGAGGGCUGCACUGCCGGCGAAGUUUCCAUGAGCGCAGGAAGCAGCGGCAGCCGGGCGGGUGCUCAGGCUCUGGCGGGAAGGGAAUUCUGCCCUCCCAGAGCAGGAGUUGGUCACGGGAGGGCUGAGGCAGCGAGGCACCGGUUCCUGGGCACUCGCAGCUCACCCCCCUCUGCCGAGCCUUGGAGGGUUCGCUGUGCCCAGGACGGGCUGGAUCGUGCCGUGGGGGAUCAGUUGAGCUCUCCUGGGCACGUCUCACAUCAGUCACAGGCCAGUCCUGCUGCCCCGCCGGCUUUAGCUGCAGCCAGAGGUGGACACUGUCCCUCCUCUCGGCCUGCUCAGGUGGCACGUUCUGUAACCCAGCCAAGGUUUUCUGGCAGAGGAGCCUGGGGACAGCAGCUGCCUCUGCUUUCUGCCUGAGCACGUCCCCCGAGUGCCCAUCACCAUCUGCUCCCCGUGACCCAUCAGAGCCCACAGGGCUGUGGGGCGUGUGAGGAACGGGGAGAGGAAGGAAGGGUGGUCUGGGGGCUGUGAGCUGGGACACGGGGCCGUGGGGAGGGGACGGGUGGGGUCUGCCCUGCACAGAGGUGUUGUGGUGCUGGGGGGCCCUGUGCCCAAAGCAGGCACCGCACUGCGGGCACACGGGGCUGGCACAGCGCCCUGGGGACGUCUUGGCUCGCACCACCAACAACGUGCCCUUAAACAUCCCAGGCCUGGCACAGCCUCUGAGUGAUGUCACCCUGUAGCCAUGUCAAAACAUCUUGGAGGCAACAAAGCAUCGUUUUAAUGGAGGAUGGAGAGGGAUUAUUUUUGUGUCCUUUAAAAAAAAAAAAACCAACAAAAAAAUCAGGUCUAAUGAGUAGAAAGGCCACAAAUCCGGCUUGGGAGCCAAAACUCAUUUCUUACAUUAAAAUGUCCAAUUCUCAGUGAUAUUUGUAUCAUUUCUCUACAAAAGGGUUUAAAAAGAGCAAACCAAACUGAUCUGUGAUGUUUGUGAGUGUGACUGUUUUAGAAUUUAUUUCCAUAAGUGAUUUUUUUCUUAAAGAUGUUUAAUAGUAAUUCCUAUAAUAAAGUCCUGUUGUACUCUUAA